AUGAAGGCUUAUCUCGCUCUCUCUAUCCUGGCUUGCGCCAUCUCAACUACAGCUAAAAACAUCCACCGCAGGGCUGACGGUUUUCUUCCUGCCGCUGGUAUUCCCAAGGGUGGAUAUAACGCUUACGGAGGAAAUUAUGACCAUCCUGAGACGAACAAGUAUCAGCCUGUUGGGCAGAAGCAGGCUUCCAGCUCUGGUGCUACCAAUACCGGAGGCAAGAAGGCGACUACGCAGAGUACAAAGUGCAUUUCGAAGAGCAAGCUUGAGUCUAUAGUCAACAAAUACGUCUCGACUUUCUCUGGUAUCACCGAUGGUGGAGCGUUGGCCAAGACCAUUUUCGAGGAGGACGUCAAGUUUUACUCCCAGUCCAUCUGGUGGACUUCAUCAUCCUCCAAGAUCAACAAGUACGCCAAGAACGAUGACUUUCCUCCCAUCUAUAAGAAUCGCAAGGAACUCAUCGAAGGCAACACUGAAAAGACCAACGACCCUAGCGCCUUCAUCAAAGGACCCAUCGCCUACGGCUGCAACUCCUUCACCUUCUACUGGAAGGGCGACUUCGAGGUUCCCAAGGGAACUCGUCGUGGUCGCGGCAACGGUAUCGACAUGGUUUUCUUGAACCCUGAGACUGGGAAGGUCAAAAAGGCGUACUCUGAGUACAACACCCUCAACCAGGUCUACAACUGGGGUGCUCAUAUCACUUGGUCCAAGGAUGAUGUCUGCUGUGAUUGCCCUGUAGUGUUUGAUCCUAAGUGCAAGUGCAAGAAAUAA